AUGAAGAUGACUAUUGGGGAGUUGUUCCUCAUCCUCAGUGAGAUGGGUUUCACAGAGGAACAGAUCCAGGCAGCUGUGCAGGCGGGGCAUUUUUCUGUGCCAGAGGCAGCAGAGUGGCUCUUACAGGGUCAGUAUCCACGGCACAGGUUGGUCAAACAGUCAUCACAGCCUGAAACUGCAUUUUCUGCUUUCAACCCACCCAAAGAGGCAGCAAGCACCUCAGAGUCACCUACGUCUCCCACUGAUAGUAGAGAACCACUACCGGUUGAGUCGCGCAUCAAACACGACAAAAGCGACUUUGAAGAACAAGAAAGACAACGUGUCGCUCAAGAAGCCAGAGCAGAGAGAAGACAAAAGAAACAGGAGCGCGAGUUGGUUUUAAAGCGGAUAGCUGAGGAUCGGAGGAGCUUGCAGGAGAAGAGCCAGACCAGCACCUCCACAGAGACGUCUCCUCCUGGUGGAGGGCAGAAGCUUGGAGGAAAGAUUCAGACAAAUGUUGAUAACAACUGCAUCCUCAUGAUCCGGCUGCCAUCCGGCGAGUCAAUGCGCGAACGCUUCCCAGCUGACGCCCCCCUGCGCACCGUCGUGGAGGUUUCCCUCGGAAACGUUUCGGGGAAGCGGAGCUUGCCUGCUCACUGCACUCCCUCGGCCUCACGCCCCAAUGCUGCACUGUGCAUUCAGACCACUCCUCCAGAAACGCCUCAGGAUCCACGGAGUCCUGUGGAGCAGCCAUCGGCAGGACAGAAUGAGCCAUCUCCGUGUAUUGUGCCUCCUCAGCCUCAUAUCCCUGUCCCGGAGGGGGCGGGAGAGCAGGAACCUUUUCUCCCCCCUCCACUACCCAACCAGCUGUGGGAAGAGGCAGUUAAUUAUGCAGGGAUCCCUGGAGUUGGUCCUUCAUUCUCUGGCCCGUCUCACUUCUGGGGGCGAGGCCAGAGGCUGGUCCCUGGUAAUGCAGAGGAAGCUGUUGGCAUAGAGAUUGAUGAGGAACAAGAAGGAGAGGAAGAACCACCUCACAUGCUCAACGGAAUGCCAAGGCUGCCUUUCUUUCCAGAGAACAGGAUUCGAGGAGGAUUUGAGCCCAGGCACCACUGGCCAGAGCAAGGAAAUCGACUCAGGGAGGCUCCAGCAGAGGACCCAGCAGAGCCUGAGGAUGCAGGAGGCCGGGUGGCGCCUGCAGCUGCAGGUCAGGCUGCAGUGGAGCGUCUUCUCGCCGUGCAGAGAGCUGCACAGCAAGAAGACCUCCCUGCCUCCCAGGGACAGCCAUCACCGCCUAAAAGACCCUUCAGGACACCCAGUGUGCCAUCCCUAUGUGCCUUGGCCAUCCGUGCAACUGUGCACCUCAUGACUGCUCCCAGCAUGCAAUACAGCAGCAGUCUGGCAUGCCUGACCCCGGAGCUAGCAGAGCUUCUGCUCAACUACAUGUCCCGGGAAAGGCUCCUUCGUCCGCGCACCCUGGAGCUCUUCUUUGGCUGCCCAUUGCAGAAAUUUGUUCUUAACUGCUACCCUUACUCCACCAAUGAGCUCCUGCGGCAGUUAAGGGCCUUUACAGCGCUGAAGCAUCUGAGUCUUGUCAACUCACCUCUCAUCACUGACUCUGGUCUGUCGAUCCUGUCCAGCCUGGUCAAACUCCAGUACCUCAACCUCGCUUCCUGCAGCAAACUGACUGACUCCUGUCUCCAGCAUAUCAGAGGUUUGAAGAGUCUGUGUUUCCUGUCACUGGACCAGACCAAAGUGACCGAUGCUGGGAUGGUGCUGUACCUCCAGUCGGCUCCGUCCUGCCUCUCUCAGCUCAGCCUGAACCAGACGGCAGUGACAGAGGCUACAUUGGUAGUCCUUCCCACCUGUGUGCCACAGCUGCGACUUCUCAGCAUCAAGCAGACUAAGGUUGAGGAUGUCUCGGCUUUAGCAGAGCUGUCCAGCCUGCAGACUCUCAACCUGGAUGGGACAGGUGUGACAGAGGUGUCACUGAAGCACCUUGCCACCCUCCCUGCCCUGUCUUCCCUCAGUUUGGCGGGAAUUCCUGUCGCUGAUGGCAAUCAUGCCCUGCAGAUCAUCUCAGGUCUAAAGUUGACUCACCUCACCCUCCCUGGACGCCACUCUGUGAACGACACUGGGCUGUCACACCUCUCUACCCUGUCUCUGCUUUUGGAGCUGGACUUGACAGACUACACACAAGUCACAGACCUGGGAGUCAAACAGCUCUCCACCAUGACCAGGCUGAAGAAGCUGUCACUCAGCAACACUCAGGUGACAGAUGCAGGACUUCCCUCUCUGCGUGGCCUGCAGGAGCUGCAGGAGCUGUGUUUGGACCGGACAGCAGUCACAAGCCGAGGAGUGGCUGAACUCAUCGUCUGUCUGCCGCAUCUCCAGGUGUUGGGGUUAGCCAGCACUCAGGUGGGGGACACGGUAGUGAGGAGAGGUCUGAUCCGUUGCAAUCAGCUUGUUAAGCUUAAUCUCAGCCGCACACGGAUCACAGACCACGGUCUGAAGUUUCUGAAACACAUGCGCCUGGCUCAGGUGAACCUGGAUGGCACCGGCGUGAGUCUGAUGGGUAUCGCGAACCUCCUCUCUUUCACCAACAUCAGCAGCAUUCGGGCCAGCAACACCCGUGCCAUACCCCCCGAUGAGGUGUCAGACGAGGAGUGAGAGGCCCAGUGAGCGUGCAUACCUCCGGCCGGUCCACGCGUUACCGUACCUGAGCACGCCUCCGACUCCUGCUGUCCUGUUACAGCCCCUGAAACAUGCUGCCACCAGGACACGCACCUGGAAACAGUGUAACCGAAACACUCCUUCAACUUGCACUGUUUCAACUGCAGCUAGUGCCACUAAUCUGUCAAUCACGCACGCUAAGUUGAAAUCUUGAACGGGAGCCUUGUGUUUAACAGUUAGGCCAUUUAUAACGUUUACAUAUAUAGAAUCAACCAGUAUUUACUCACAUACACUGCAGCCCUUUGUCCUUCUGACAAACUUUAUAGCUUUAAAGCUUUAUGUGCAGCCUUAUAGGUUGGAGAUAACUGCAUUUCUCCUGGUUGGCACUUGUUGAGCCGACUGGCAGAAAUAUACUUUAUGUUGGAAAUGUAACGUAUAACACAGCAUGUAUUUUCAGACUGUAAUGACUAACAUAAUGACUUGACUAGAAAGUAAAUGACAACCUAAUUGUCAAUUUAACCAAAUGUGGUUGAAGAUGUUUUGGAAGAAUGUGAAGGCAGAUAAUGUCUUCCAAUCAUCAUUUUGUCACUUUUAGUAGUGGAACUAACAUUGAUUUUUUGAGCUGUAUUCAUUUCAUAUUGGAUUUAUCUGAAAUUAAUUGCCUGCUGGGAAAACAAACACACACUAUUGAAGGCCUGCUGAUGAGCUGACAGCAUCAGCCCAGUAGUGAUAAUCUUAAUUUUCAGUUUAACACCAUAACACAAUAAGCUCUGGUGAAGAAAGGUAAAAGAUGUUGGCUGCUGUUAGUUUACAAGUGGCUUCAGAUUCACCAAGAAGUUUGGGAUGUGUUUGCCAUUAAACGGAUGAAUGCCCAACACAUUUCCAUUCCAGUUUUACCUGAACACAGCUGUUGUAAGUGGCUUUAGAAAAGGCGUCAGACUUCAGAAUUCAUUAUGAUUCUAUAACUUUUGGAAUCACACUUGUAUGAAUGGUGAAAACUAAGAAUUAAUUUUCUUUUAACUGCAUCCUGGAGAUGCUCUGGCCUCAGUUGAUAUGUUUUAUAAGUGGCUUUCAGGUGACCUUCUUUUAUUAAUUUUGGUUUGCCAAGAAAUGCUGUUUUUCUUUUGGGACAGCUUAGCCAUUUUUAGUUACCUGGAAAACUGGGUGAGCAGCAUACACACAGUGUAGUUUAGUGGCUUUAAUAGGAGACAGGAUCUAUGCAGCCAUGGGGCUCACCAAGUCAGAAUCCAAAGCAACUUCUUAUCACUUCAAGUUUUGUCCUCUUGUUUACAGAGAUGUAAAAUAGUUUAUUUUCCCUAAAAGCUUUUGAUUUGUGGAUACAAGCACUGUAUUCAUGAAGUUUAAAAUGAAUAAUAAAGUCUUCUCAAUUUAAA